CUCUGACAUUUGCCUUUUAUAUAAUGAAUACUGAUAUGUGAGAUUUUUCAAAACAUUCAAGUCUGUAUAUUUAACACUCGGGCUUUGCCCACCGUUCUUGGUCCUACGAAGAACGACCCCCGGUAUUCUGAAUAGGAAUUUAGAUACCGACCGGAGAAUCUGCCCAGUGCUGAAUUUGCAUUUUACUCAAUUUCAUGAUUUUCAUCAUGAAGUUCAAUAUUUACAUAAACAGGAACACAAUUUUAUGUAUUCCGAUGGGCGUCUUUUAAUCUUUUGGUGUUCUAAGACUGUAGAUAAACAUCUAAAGAUGGCAAGGACGUAAACCUGUCUUAAAAUGGAGCUUUGUUCUGUUGGGAAACCUUCGUUUUUCGUUGUAAUCUUGCUACUAUGGUUUCAAUUUUGUGCUGUUCACUCAAGGCCGACGACUAACGCAACGAGUCUUCCGCAGAGUACAACAAAUGGAAGUCUCACGAGCACAGAAUCGCCGCAAUCAGGAUCUGAAGGCAAAAGAAUUAAAGUGGCGAAAUUCGACUUCAAAUAUAUAGCGACUCCGUUUAUUGUAUCUGUUUGGGUGUUGCUCGCUAGCUUACUAAAAGUUGGUACGUUCAAAUAUUUUUUUAUAUUUUAAAUAUGACAUAUUAAUAAAUUGCACUUCAUAUUCAAGAUGUAAUACAUUAUUGAAACGUAAGCUUUAGGGAUUACAUAACGUUUGAAUGUUUAUGUUUUUGGUAUUAAUACUUACCUGUUUUGUAUAAAUGUAUGGCUUGUGUAGAAAAUAAUAUUUGAAAAUAACACGUACAGCAUAUUAAAAUAUUAUAUAACACUGCUCAGCAUGAAAUUUGAAUAACAUACUCUGGCUAUCUGAGCCUAUAUCGUGCUAUCCAGGACAAAAUUAAUAUGAGCAUUGACAAAUGAGUUGGGCAUAUUGCAGUUAUAAAAUAAAUUCUGUGAAAACUUUCUGUCCAAACUUGAUAUUGGCUGGUCUGUGUUUGGAUAGGAAGUAGGUAUCAAAACAAUGGGAUACUAAUAAUUUAUUUGUCAAUGAUUGCCCUUCGAUAAAUAAAACCAUCUGGCAUUAGACAGAGUAAAGCAAUCAAACGGCAUGUGUCUAAAGGCACUGUAAAUUAACCCAUUGUUUGCCAGCACUGACCCCUUGACGAGUAAAAUCAUCUGGCAUUAGACAGAGUAAAAUAUACAGGCCGCGUUCAUCUGAAAUGCAACUUAAUGAUUGACUAGAGACAUGGGCUGAUAGUCUGGUUAAUGCAUUGAUCACCAGUGCUCUUCCCCUGACGAGUAAAAUCAUCUGUUGUUAGACAUAGUAAACUAAUAAAGUAAUUGGCACGUUAGGUGACUUAAUCACUGUUAACGAGGCAUAUGGUGAGAUACACUAAUUAACCCAUGAAAUAGUGCUUUGGUCUCCUGAAUUUCAUUCUCUUGCAUUGAUUUAAUUUUUCACUUGAUAUAGUCUUUCAUAUGACAAAACGAUUGUCCAAGGUUGUACCAGAAUCAUGGUUAGUUUAUUAUGAAGUUAUUUGA